GCGCAAUGAUCGUCCAGCAAAAAGUCAGCAAACCAACUCUGGCCACCAACUGUUUCCAGACCUAGUAAACGGUGCCAAACCCCGAUACUUGAAUCUGUCUUCAGGUGUGAAACUGGGUCAUAAGUCUAUUAUACCCGUCUGAUGGACGUAAGCUCGAGGCCUGUGUGGACAUGGUGGCGAGCCGGCCAAGAACCGGACACACCACCCAUCAUGAAGCAAGCGCAGACCUUCUCAUCGAUUCACCCCUAUUACCCCCUAGGGGUGACCAUCCCGGACUAUGCGUCGAAUUCGCUUCCAGUGCUGGUACUUAUUGCAGGUCUCGGUUCUAUGCUGGGUGGCGUUCUUCUUGGUACCAGCACGCUAGCUUUGAGAUUCCAUCCAAAGUUGACGAAAAGCAGCUUGGCUGUGUUCUGCUGGUUCGUCCUCUGCGGUUCGCUUCACGUCUUCUUUGAAGGGUACUUCGUCCUCAACCACACAUCCGUCGCAUCUUCGCAGCAUCUCUUCGCGCAACUAUGGAAGGAGUAUGCACUUUCGGAUUCCCGGUACCUCACAUCCGAUCCUUUCAUGUUGAGUGUUGAGAGCAUCACUGUCUUCGUCUGGGGUCCUCUGUGCUUUGCAUGCGCUGUCUGCAUAGUCACGGACAGUUACCUACGACACCCGCUACAGAUCAUCAUGUGCAUCGGGCACCUGUACGGUGUUGCCUUGUACUACGCAACCAGCCUGAUUGAGACGCACUUCUCGGGCAGGUCACACAGUCGACCUGAGUUUCUAUAUUUCUGGGUAUACUACGUCGGCCUCAAUCUCCCCUGGGCCAUCAUACCGACAAUCUUGCUGGGAGGCAGCAUUAGGACGAUUGCAAGGAAACUGAAAAUCCUAAACACCAUCAAGGUCGGACUUCAGGGGUUUCAAGCGCGGCAAGGGCCUGAGGUGGUGAAGGAGUCUAGGAAGGCGCGGUGAGAUGGCCAGUUCGGGUAACGCCGGUCUCGGUUCCGAAGGGCAAAGACGAAUAACUAAACCUGUCAGAAUCUCGUCACAUACCUCUACGUCAGGAAGGCUACAUAAUCGAGAGAAUCUCAAAAUCUGGGUCCAAGAGCCUAUCAUGAUUCAACUGCCAACCACGAGACAUUGAAGACACGUUGCUUCUAUUUACUUUGUCGUGGAAUCAACGAGGAAUCAACGAGCCAUGGGUUGUUUAGUUCGCACUUCCUUCUAAGAGAAAGGCCAUGACCCUGUAGUACUGAUUGCCCUAGCGUGCUUAGCAACCCUGGUAGCUA